UCUCUGAACCACAAGGCUAAUGCAAGCCUGUGGUCCAAGUGGGCCCCUGCCCAGUGAAUACUCGCAGAAAUUCUGAGUCACAACCCCCACCACACUGGCAGAAGCCAUGUGGCCACGCCGAACCACACCACACACCGCACUGCAAGGAGCUGAGCAGCCUAUUACUUUCAUAUGGGACGGUGACUCACCAAUGCAAACUAGCCCUUGUCGUGAGAUGUAGCCUACAGUAAAUAAAGCCUCCUUUGUUUACUUUUUUACAGUGAAAUGUUCAUUUUGACGUGUUUAUGGCUUUUUUGUUUAUAGUUCCUCAAAAGUCUAUACUCAUUCACUUAAUUUUGUGUGUUAUCCUUCAUAAUGAGCACAUUUGCUUUGUUUGGUGAGGAUUAGGAAUAUCACCCGGAGUAUUCUUUUUACACACAAGUCCACAAGAUCGAACAAGUUGGUGUCUACAUAGUAAAACCAGUGUGGUUAUAUUUUCAAAUGGCACACCUGUGGGGGAAAAAACUUGAAAAAGUGAAAACGUUUUAUUGUCAGAAUGAGGUGGUUUAUGUCUUGAAAACUCAUUUUGUGUGGAUAGCAGAGUGUCUGCAAUAAAUAGGCUAGUCUACUGUGUGGUAGUGCGUUAAACUCAAAGUAGCCUACCUUCUUAAAACGCACAUCCACCUAAUAACUUACUGCGCAACUGUUCCAACUGUCUUGAACACAGUAUAGGCUUGUGUCUCGCCCCUUACUUACAGUUGUCACCGUCACUUAACAACCAGUCACAGCUGUCUCACUCUCACUUUCUGGUUAGACCACAAUGGCCCUAAAGGGUUUUACUGUGACUGUUUUACCAUGUUGUAAAUGUGUACCCAUGCCUCGGGACAUUUUUACCUUUCUAAUGUAAAUAUAUAUUUCCACAUAUAAUGACGUAAAAGGAGAGAGAAAGCAACAGAAAUGUCGAAGACAAAGUAAACAUGUCAAAGUAAACAGUGGCAGGCUCGAAAUGUCGUUGAUAGGCUAAAAAUAGGCGUUGUGUAUUGGCAUACCGACGCACUUUCACCUGUAGCCUAGCUGGUUUGAUCUCGUGCGUCUUUUGACACUAUCCCAGGACGCAUUACGCAACGUCUGGAAAGUUGUACUCGCUCGGCUACAUGCAGAAAAGUAAAGCCCAAACACCGCCCGCCCGGAUGAAUCCUGACUAGCCCUUCAGCCUAUCGGGGAUGUCCCUUUUCGUUUCACAUUUCAAAUGGUGUGAAGGAAGGAACAGCAGGCAUGCGGGUCUAUGUUGUCUUCAGGAGGGAAUAGUGAGGAAGAAGAAGAAACUCGUGUAGGCUACUAACUACAACAUUUACGCAAAUCAAAAAAUGGGCUGGGCUAGAAUGAAAUGAGGAUUUCAUCCCUUGCAAUUCGAGACGACCCCGCUCCUCCGCUCUUCCCCCGGUCUCUCCACUCUCACUCACUGACUCAAAACAAAAGAACGUGCUCUGCACUCUGCUCGCUGUGCGAGUUGUGAAAGUGCCGUCUCUUCUCCUCGGAGAAAGCCGUCAGAGUCAGACAAGAUCCCCGGAUUUCUAUUCGCUCUUGGACUGAAAGAUGGCUGGCUCAAGCGGUCUGACCAGCGCCGCUGCCGCGAACUGCUAUGGCGCCUUUGAUAUUAACAUAAUUUAUGGACGCGGGAAUUACAUCCACGAGAUGACGUGCGGGGAGGUCGGACCCCACUUGUACAGCAGAAUGUGUUGCGCAGAUGAGCGGGAUCGGGUUCAGAAAAAGACCUUCACCAAAUGGGUGAACAAGCACUUAUUGAAGGCUCAGAGGCACAUCACAGACCUCUACGAGGACCUCCGAGAUGGACACAACCUCAUCUCGCUGCUGGAGGUGCUCUCGGGAGAGACACUGCCCCGGGAGAAAGGACGCAUGCGCUUCCACAAGCUGCAGAAUGUACAGAUCGCUCUGGAUUUCCUCAAACACAGACAGGUCAAGCUGGUCAACAUCAGGAAUGACGACAUCGCGGAUGGAAACCCCAAACUGACACUGGGCCUGAUAUGGACCAUCAUCCUCCACUUCCAGAUCUCGGACAUCCAGGUGAAUGGCCAGUCGGAGGACAUGACGGCCAAGGAGCGCCUGUUGCUAUGGUCCCAGCGCAUGGUGGAGGGUUACCACGGCAAUCGCUGUGACAACUUCACCACCAGCUGGAGAGACGGCAAACUCUUCAACGCCAUCAUACACAAACACAGGCCUGGUCUGAUUGACAUGGGGAAGGUGUACAGACAGACCAACCUGGAGAACCUGGAGCAGGCGUUCAGCGUUGCGGAGCGAGAGCUGGGCGUCACCAGACUUCUUGAUCCCGAGGAUGUGGACGUGCCUCACCCAGAUGAGAAGUCCAUUAUCACCUAUGUCUCCUCCCUCUAUGAUGUCAUGCCCAGAGUGCCCGAUGUCCAAGAUGGCGUCAAGGCCAACGAGCUGGAGCUGCGUUGGCAGGAGUACUAUGAGCUGGUCACCAUGCUGCUGCAGUGGAUCCGGCACCACAUCAUCGUCUUCGAGGAGCGCAAGUUCCCCGCCAGCUACGAGGAGAUAGACGUUCUCUGGCGUCAGUUCCUGAAGUUCAAGGAGACAGAGCUGCCCGCCAAGGAAGCAGACAAGAACCGCUCCAAGCACAUAUUCAAGUCCUUUGAGGGCGCCGUUCAGGCAGGCCAAAUCAAGGUUCCCUCCAACUACCACCCGUUUGACGUGGAGAAGGAGUGGGGGAGACUCCACGUGGCCAUCCUGGAGCGAGAACGCCUGCUGAGGACCGAGUUCGAGAGGAUGGAGCGUCUGCAAAGGAUUGUGGGUAAAGUGCAGAUGGAGUCCGGCAUCUGUGAAGAGCAACUCAACCAGGUGGAGACCCUGCUGCAGACGGACGUCCGUAUGUUGAGUGCAGGUAAGCCGCCGCAGCACACGGGCGAGGUGGAGUCGGACCUGGACAAGGCGGAGGGCAUGAUCCGGCUGCUCUUCAACGACGUCCAGAUGCUCAAAGAUGGCCGACACCUGCAGGCAGAACAGAUGUACAGAAGGGUGUACCGCCUUCACGAGCGGCUGGUCAACCUGCGUAGUGAAUACAACCUUCGUCUGAAGUCAGGCGUGACCCUCACUCAAAUGCCCAUGACCCAGGUGGCACAGGUGCCUAUGGCUCAGGUCCCCAUGAACCAGACCUCCAUGGGCAUGCAGCAGCAGGCGGCGUCGCGCGUGCGUCCCGAGCUGGACGAGGUGACCCUGCGUUACGUCCAGGACCUGCUGGCCUGGGUGGAGGAGAACCAGCGGCGCAUCGACGGGGCCGAGUGGGGCAGCGACCUGCCCACCGUGGAGUCGCAGCUGGGCAGCCACCGCGGCCUGCACCAGUCCAUCGACGACUUCCGCUCCAAGAUCGACCGCGCGAGGGCCGACGAGAAUCAACUGACCCCCGUCAGUAAAGGUGCCUACAGAGACUACCUGGCCAAACUGGAUCUGCAAUACGGAAAACUGCUGACCUCCAGUAAGACUCGUCUGAAGAGUCUGGACGAGCUUCAGGCGUUCGUGAUGGCGGCCACCAAAGAGCUGAUGUGGCUGGACGAGAAGGAGGAGGAGGAGGUCAACUACGACUGGAGCGACCGCAACACCAACAUGACCGGCAAGAAGGACAACUACUCCGGUCUGAUGCGUGAGCUGGAGCAUCGGGAGAAGAAGGUGAACACGGUUCAGGCCACCGGAGACAGACUGCUGAAGGAGGGACACCCAGCACGCAAGACCAUCGAGGUCUUCACUGCAGCUCUUCAGACCCAGUGGAGUUGGAUCCUUCAGCUCUGCUGCUGCAUCGAAACUCACCUGAAAGAAAACACUGCCUACUUCCAGUUCUUCAACGAUGUGAAGGAGGCGCAGGACCAGCUGAAGAAGAUCAACGACACCAUGAAGAGGAAGUACGUGUGCGACCGCUCCAUCACCGUCACACGCCUGGAGGACCUACUGCAGGACUCCGCGGACGAGAAGGAGCAGCUGGGUGAGUUCAAGACCCAUCUGGACGGGCUGAGCCGGAGAGCCAAGACGGUGGUGCAGCUGAAACCUCGUAACCCUGCCAACGCCGUGAAGGCCAAGCAGCCCGUACAGGCCGUCUGCGACUUCAAACAGAUGGAGAUCACGGUACACCGCGGCGAGGACUGCACGCUGCAGAAUAACUCUCAGCCCUACAAGUGGAAGGUACGCAACCCCAAAGGAGGAGAGGCCACCAUGCCCUCCGUCUGCUUCGUCGUGCCUCCCACCAACAAGGAGGCUGUGGACAGCGUCACCGAGCUGGACGGGGGACUGAAGAGGCUGUUCGUCCUCUGGCAGAAGCUUCACGUGGACAUGAAGAGUCUGUUGUCGUGGCAAUACCUCACGAGAGACAUCCAGCUCAUCAACUCCUGGAACAUCUUCAUGUUCAAGACCCUGAAGACAGACGAGUACCACCUGGCGCUGCGCAACCUGGAGCUUCACUACAGCAACUUCAUGAAGGACAGCCAGGACUCCGAGCUGUUCGGGGCCGACGACCGGCUCCAGGCCGAGAACGGCUUCCAGUCGGCACGGCAACACUACGACCUGCUGCUGCAGUCGGUCGAGCAAGGGAUUGUUCCUACAGGAGCAGAGAAUCUCUCUGGAGAGCAAGAUGAGUCCCUAUGUAAGACCUACAUGAGCCAGAUCAGGGACCUGCGCCUCCGCCUGGAGAACUGCGAGAGCCGCACCGUCACCCGCCUACGCCACCCGGUGGACAAGGAGCCCCUCAAGGCCUGCGCACAGAGGACCAGCGACCAGAAGCAACUGCAUGUGGAGCUGGAGGCCAUUAAGAAGGACCUGGACAAGGUGGCAGGCCAGACGGAGGGGGUGCUGAAGUCCCCCGAGGCCGCCAGUGCCUCCGCCCCGCUCCUGCGCUCAGAGCUCGACGUCACCCUCAAGAAGAUGGACCACGUCUACAGCCUCUCCUCCGUCUACCUGGACAAGUUGAAGACCAUCGACGUGGUGAUCCGCGACACCCAGGAGGCUGAGGAUGCUCUCAGGAAGUUUGAGGGCGAGUUACGCAGUGUCAACAAGAUCCCCGCAGAGGAGAAGGAGGUGGCCGCACACCAAGACCAGCUCAAGAAACUCCGCGGCGACGCCGAGAAGGAGCAGUCGACGUUCGAGCGCCUGGACCGCGACCUGCAGAAGGCGGUGGCGGCCCACGAGCGCAUGCGCAGCGUGCACAGCGAGCGCGACGCCGAGCUGGAGCACUACCGCGCCAGCGUCACCAACCUGCAGGAGCGCUGGCAGGCCAUGAUGGCGCAGAUAGAGCUGCGGCAGCGCGAGCUGGACAACCUGGAGCGGCAGAUGAAGCUGUACCGGGAGAGCUACGGGUGGCUCAUCACCUGGGCCGCCGACGCCAAGCAGCGGCAGGAGAAGAGCUGCGCCGCACCCAUCGGGGACAGCAAGACGCUCAAGGACCGACUCACACAGGAGAAGAAACUUCUGCAGGAGAUCGAGAAGAACAAAGACAAGGUGGACGAGUGUCAGAAGCACGCCAAGUCCUACAUCGACGCCGUGAAGGACUAUGAGCUGCAGCUGGUUACCUACAAAGCCCUGGGAGAACCCCUGGCCUCUCCUGCCAAGAAAUCCAAGAUGGAGUCAGUGUCCGACAACAUCAUCCAAGAGUAUGUCAACCUGAGGACGCGCUACAGUGAGCUGCUCACUCUUAUGGGCCAAUACAUCAUCUUCAUCACAGACACACAGCACCGCCUGGAGGACGAGGAGAAAACCGCCGAAAAACUAAAAGCGGAGGAGAAGAAAAAGCUUGCCGAGAUGCAGGCAGAGUUAGACAAACAGAGGCAGCUAGCGGAGACUCACGCCCAGGCCAUCGCCAAGGCGGAGAAAGAAGCCCAGGAGCUCCAGCUCAAGAUGAAGUCCGAGGUCAGCCGGCGGGAGGUGGUGUCCGUGGACGCGGAGAAGCAGAAGCAGAACAUCCAGCAGGAGCUGCAGCAGCUCAAGAGCCUGUCGGAGCAGGAGAUCAAGACCAAGGCGCAGCAGGUGGAGGAGGCGCUCCAGAGCCGCACCAAGGUGGAGGAGGAGAUCCGCAUCAUAAGGUUGCAGCUGGAGACCACCGUCAAGCAGAAGGGCAACGCGGAGGCCGAGCUGCAGCAGCUCAGGGACAGGGCGGCGGAGGCGGACAGGCUGAGGAAAGCCGCCCAGGAGGAGGCGGAGAAGCUCCGCAACCAGGUGACGGAGGAGACGCAGCGGAAGCGCAAGGCGGAGGAAGAGCUGAAGAAGAAGGCGGACGCGGAGAAGGACGCCGCCAAGCAGAAGCAGAAGGCUCUGGAAGAUCUGGAGAAGUACAAGCUCCAGGCGGAGGAAGCCGAGCGGUGCCUCAAACAGGCCGAGCUGGAGAAGCAGCGUCAGAUCAAGGUCAUUGAGGAGGUGGCGGUGAAGAGCGCCGCGGCGGAGCUUCAGAGCAAGCGCCUGUCGCUGGUCGAGCAGACCUCCAAGCUAGAAGCGUCGCUCAAACAGGAGCAGGACGCCGUCCUGCAGCUGCAAGAGGAAGCCGAGAGCCUCAAGAGGCAGCAAGCCGAGGCGUCGAAAGCCAGAGGAGAGGCGGAGCAGGAGCUGGAGAAGUGGCGACAGAAGGCCAACGAGGCGCUCAGGCUGAGGCUGCAGGCCGAGGAGGAGGCCCAGAAGAAGAGCCUCGCCCAGCAGGAGGCCGAAAAACAGAAAGACGUGGCCGAGAGGGAGGCCAAAAAGAGAGCCAAGGCAGAGGAAGCUGCGUUGAAGCAGAAGGAAAUGGCCGAGAAGGAGCUGGAGAGGCAGAGGAAGCUGGCGGACGAGACCGCGCAGCAGAAGCUGACGGCCGAGCAGGAGCUGAUCCGUCUCAGGGCAGACUUUGACCACGCGGCACAGCAAAGGGCUCUGCUGGACGCCGAACUGAAACGGCUAAAGAACGAGGUCAACGCUGCCGAGAACCAGCGGAAACAGCUGGAGGACGAACUGGCUAAAGUCAGGGCCGAGAUGGACGUUCUCCUGCAGGCCAAGACUACGGCCGAGCAGGUGUCCAUGUCCGCCACGGAGAAGAGCAAACAGCUGAUUGAAUCUGAGGCUUCCAAAAUGAAAGCGCUGGCCGAAGAGGCGUCCAAACUGAGAUCUGUGGCAGAAGAAGCCAAGAAACAAAGGCAAGUUGCGGAGGACGAAGCCGCUCGGCAGAGAGCCGAAGCUGAGAAGAUCCUGAAGGAGAAGCUGGCGGCAAUAAAUGAAGCCACCAGGCUGAAAACCGAAGCUGAGAUCGCUCUGAAGGAGAAAGAGGCCGAGAACGAGCGCCUCAAACGAAAAGCCGAAGACGAGGCCUAUCAAAGGAAGUUGCUAGAGGAUCAAGCAGCACAACACAAGCAGGACAUAGACGAGAAGAUGGUCCAGUUGAAAAAGGCCUCCGACACAGAGCUGGAGAGACAGAAGAAAAUUGUAGAGGAGACCGUGACUCACAGAAAGGUGGUGGAGGAGGAAAUCCGCAUCCUGAAGCUGAACUUCGAGACGGCCUCAAAGGGCAAAACUGACCUCGAGAAGGAGCUGAGCAAGCUCAAAGGCAUCGCGGACGAUUCUCAAAAGAGCAAAACGAAGGCAGAGAAGGAGGUUGAGAAGUUCAGAAAGGUUGCUCAGGAGGAGGAGAAGAAAAGAAAGGAGGCCGAAGAGAAAGUGAAAAAGAUAAAGGCAGCAGAGGAGGAGGCAGCCAGGCAGCGAAAGGCAGCCCAGGAGGAGGUGGAGCGUCUGAAACAGAAGGCUGAAGAGGCCAAGAAACAGAAAGCGGAUGCCGACAAAGAGGCAGAAAAACAGAUCACAGCGGCAAAAGAAGCUGCACUUAAGUGCUCCGCGGCCGAAAAGAAGGCACAAGACAUUCUCGUGCAACAAAAGGAAGAUGGCGCGGCCCAAGCCAAGCUCAAGGCAGAGUUUGAGAAGGCACAGAAGCUGGCCAAAGAGGCAGCAAAUGCCAAAGACAAGGCAGAGAAAGAGGCAGCCCUUCUGCGGCAAAAAGCAGAAGAAGCAGAGCGUCAGAAGCAAGCGGCAGAGGCCGAAGCAGCCAAGCAGACCAAGGCUCAACAGGAUGCCGAGAAACAGAGGAAAGAGGCACAGGAGGAGGCGGCCAAGAGAGCGGAAGCCGAAGCAGCUGCGCUCAAACAGAAGCAGCAGGCCGACGCCGAGAUGGCCAAGCACAAGCAACUGGCCGAGAAAACCGUCAAGCAGAAGAAUCAGGUCGAGCAAGAACUGACAAAGGUCAAAGUUCAGCUGGACGAAACCGACAAGCAGAAAUCGCUGCUGGACGAGGAGCUGCAGAGGCUGAAGAAGGAAGUGAGCGACGCUGCCAAACAGAAGGCCUUGGUGGCCGACGAACUUUCCAAGGUCAAGAUUGAGAUGGAGAAAGUCAUUACUCUGAAGCUCAAAAUUGAAGAGGAAAACAAAUUGCUCAUCAAGAAAGACAAAGACAGCACACAGAAGGCUCUGGAAGAAGAGGCCGAGAACAUGAAACAGCUGGCAGAGGAGGCUGCGAAGCUGAGCGUCGAGGCUCUUGAAGCUGCAAGACUGAGGGAGAUUGCAGAGGCUGACCUCGCCCAGCAGAGGGAGCUGGCGGACAAAAUGCUCAAGGAGAAAAUGCAGGCCAUCCAGGAAGCCACAAACCUCAAAGCAGAGGCCGAGAAGCUGCAGAAGGCCAAGGACAAGGCUCAGGAGGAAGCCCAGAAACUCUUGAAGGACAAAAACCAGAUGCAGCAGCGGCUAGAAGAGGAGACCGAAGGCUUCCAGAAGUCUUUAGAAGCCGAGCGCAAGAGGCAGCGUGAAGCCACAGCCGAAGCGGAGAAACUCAAGCUGCAGGUGUCCCAGCUGAGCCUCGCCCAGGCCAAGGCGGAGGAGGAGGCCAACAAGUACAAAACGCAAGCCGACGAGAUCCGCAUUCGCCUGCUGGAGACUGAGAAACACACCUCAGAGAAGGUCACCGUUGUCGAGAAGCUUGAAGUGCAAAGACAACAGAGCAGUAAAGAGGCAGAUGGUCUCCGCAAAGCUAUAGAGAAGCUUGAGAAAGAGAAAGAAAAUCUGAAAAAAGAGGUCGAAGAUGUACAAAAUAAGUCAAAAGAGAUGUCUGAUGCACAGCAAGAGCAGAUUAAGCAAGAAAAGACCAACUUGCAAAAGUCCUUCCUUACAGAAAAGGAAGGGCUGCUGAAAAAGGAGAAAGCCAUCGAGGACGAAAAGAAGAAGCUCGAGAAACAGCUGGAAGACGAGACCAAAAAGGCCAAAGCCCUGAAGGACGAGCAGGAACGACAGAGGAAGCAGAUGGAGGAAGAGAAAAAGAAGCUGCAGAACAGCAUGGACGCUGCUCUGAAGAAGCAGAAAGACGCCGAAGAGGAGAUGAGGAACAAGCAGAAAGAGAUGCAGGAGCUGGAGAAGAAGAAGCUGGCACAAGAACAGCUCCUGGCCGAUGAAAAUAAAAAAUUACGGGAGAAGCUCCAGCAACUUGAGGGCGCAGCUGCAGCAGCAGCAGCAGCAGCAAAAUCCGCAGUGGCGGCAUCUGUCACAAAAGAGAUUGAGAUUCAGACCGACAAGGUUCCUGAAAGUGAACAGGUGACCAUGACCAUGGUUGGAGCAACAAAGAAGGUCCUCAAUGGCGCUUCGGAGGUCGAUGGAGCGAAAAAGGAAGGAGAGCCCGACGAGCUGGCCUUUGAUGGAAUCCGAGGCAAGGUUCCUGCGAAGAGACUUUAUGACAUGGGGGCACUGAGCAAAAAGGAAUUUGACAAGCUGAAGAAAGGAAAAACUUCCGUUCAAGAGCUGAGCAAGACUGACAAAGUCAAACUGUGCCUACAGGGCAAAGACAGUGUCGGUGGUUUAAUGGUGGCGCCAAAUCAGAGAAUGAGCAUCUAUCAAGCCCUGAAAGAGAAGAAGAUCGCACCCAGCACAGCUCUUUUGCUCCUUGAAGCCCAAGCGGCAUCUGGGUUCAUUGUUGACCCACUGAAGAACAGAAAGCUCACUGUCAAUGAAGCCGUAAAAGAAGGACUGGUUGGCCCUGAACUUCACAAUAAACUCCUUUCUGCAGAACGGGCAGCAACAGGAUUCAAAGACCCCUUCUCGGGUGACACAAUAUCAGUCUUUGAGGCCAUGAAAAAGGGGCUGAUUGCAGAGGACCAAGCCGUAAAACUCCUUGAUGCUCAGCUUGCAACAGGUGGAAUUGUUGAUCCGGUCAACAGUCACCGCGUGCCUCUGCAGACAGCGGUCGCGCAAGGCCAGUUGGAUCAGGAGUUCAGCAAAGCUCUUUCUAGCCCACCAUCAGACAAAAAGGGAUUCAUCGACCCCGACACAAAGGAAAGUCUCACGUAUCAGCAGCUGCUGGAGAAAUGCAAGCCUGACCCUGAAACUAACCUCCCAAUACUGCCCAUUACAGAGAAAGCUGCAAUGGGUGAAGGGACAUUCACAGACGAAGAAACCAAAGAUGUGCUCAGUAAGGCCAAUGUGUCUGUUCCGUUUGGAAGAUUCAAAGGCAAGACAGUCACAAUCUGGGAGGUCAUCAACUCAGAGUACUUUACUGAAGACCAGAGAAGGGAUUUGAUUCGUCAGUACAAGACUGGAAAAAUAACUGUCGAGAAGAUCAUCAAAAUUGUAAUCACAGUUGCAGAGGAAAAGGAGAAGGAGAAGGAAAUGGCAUUUGAUGGAAUACGAUCCUCUGUACCUGCUUCAGAGCUGCUUGAAUCAAAGAUAAUAAACAAAGACCUGUUUAACAAAUUGAGUAAUGGCAAAGCUUCAGUCAAAGACAUAUCUGAGAUGGAUGCUGUGAAGAAAGCUCUGAAGGGCUCCAACAGCAUUGCUGGGGUUUACGUAGAGUCCACCAAGGAGAAACUGCCAUUCUACCAAGCCAUGAAGAAAGGGUUAAUUGGAACAGAACCUGCCCUGAACAUGCUUGAAGCCCAGGCUAGCACCGGUUUCAUAAUUGAUCCUGUCAAAAACGAAAAAAUGACAGUGGACGAGGCUGUCAAGUCAGGUCUUGUUGGCCCAGAACUUCAUGAGAAACUGCUGUCAGCUGAGCGAGCAGUGAAUGGCUACAAAGACCCCUACACUGGAAAAACUGUCUCCCUGUUUGAAGCCAUGGACAAAGAUCUCAUCACAAAGGAUCAAGGCAUUCGACUUCUAGAAGCCCAGUUAGCCACAGGGGGCAUUGUUGAUCCAGUGAAGAGUUAUCGUAUCCCAGAAGAUGUGGCCUGCAAACGCGGCUAUUUCAAUGAGCAACUGAAAAGCCUGAACACUCCCUCUGACACUAGCAAAGUAUUCUUUGAUCCCAACACACAGGAGAACGUCACAUACACACAGCUCAAAGACAAAUGCAUCACAGACAAACAGACUGGUCUUCCGUUGAUGCCACUGUCUGACAAAGCCAUCAAGUUGAAAGAAGACCAUAAGUACUCUGAGGUCCAGACAAGGGAUGCUCUAAACCAGGCCACCGUGGAGCUGAACAGUGGACCCUUCAAAGGCAGGAAAGUCACCAUCUGGGAGAUCAUCCAUUCAGAAUACCUCACCGAGGAGCAGAGAAUUAUGUUGAUUCGCCAAUACAGAAGCGGCACCUUCACCAUUGAAAAAAUUAUCAAGAUCAUGGUCACAAUGGUCGACGAGAAUGAGACGACGAAAAAACAGGCCACUUUCGAGGGGCUCAGGGGUCCAGUCACCGCCAGCUCCCUGCUCGAGUCCAAAAUCAUUGACAAGGCUAUGUAUGACCAGCUUCAACAAGGAACAAAGGCACCCAAAGACAUCGUCAAAACUGAUGCCGUGAAAAAAUACCUACAAGGCAGCGAUAACAUUGGUGGCGUAUUCCUUGAGAAAUCCAAAGAGAAAGUCAGUGUGUACCAGGCAAUGAAGCAAAAAAUGCUGACCCCAGACACAGCGCUGGCCCUUCUCGAGGCACAAGCUGCUACAGGGUUUGUUGUUGACCCCGUAAAGAACCAGCAGUUCACAGUUGACGAUGCCGUCAAAGCUGGCGUGGUUGGGCCUGAACUCCAUGAAAAACUUCUUCUAGCAGAAAAAGCAGUUACUGGUUAUAAAGACCCAUACACUGGCAGCACCAUCUCUCUGAUGCAAGCCAUGCAGAAGCAGCUCGUUUUGCGCGAACACGCCGUCCCACUGCUUGAGGCGCAAGUAGCCACGGGGGGUAUUGUUGACCCAGUGAACAACCAUCGUGUACCCAACGACGUGGCUAUUCAACGUGGCUAUCUGACAAAACAGAUGUCCAAGUCCUUCUCCAGCCCGACCGGUGAUGUCAUGGGCUUCACUGAUCCCAGCACUGGCCAGAGCGCUACGUACAAGCAACUCAAGGAUACAUGUAUGAAAGACCCUGACACGGGCAUUUACCUUCUGUCCCUUUCAAAGGCAGAGGAGCCUCCAAAAGAAGAAGAAAAAUCAUACGUGUACACAGAAGAGCAGGCACAGACAGACCUGACAACUACCACAGUUGAUAUCCCUCAUGAGCACUUUGCUGGAAAGCAGACGUCCUUGUGGGAAGUUAUGCAGUCGAACCUGAUACCUGAUGACGAAAAACAAAGACUGCUCGAGCAGUACAGAACUGGAAAGAUUACCAAGGAAAGAAUGAUGAUAAUCAUCAUUGAGAUAUUCGAACAAAGGGAGAUUGUUAAAUCCGAGCAGACGAUGUCUUGUGACGUAAUCAGACGCAGAAUAACCAUCGAAGAGCUCUACAGUGCUCGCAUUAUAGACCUGGAGACCUACAACCUGCUCAAAUCGGGCAAGAAAACCAUCCGUGAAGUCAUGGAGAUGUCGACAGUCAAGCAGUACCUGUUUGGCACAGGAUGUGUAGCAGGUGUCCUUUCAGAUACAUUCGCCAAAGUUAGCCUUUACCAAGCUAUGAAGAGAAACCUCAUUAAGCCUGAUGUGGCAAUGAGUCUCCUGGAAGCACAGGCAGCCACGGGCUUCAUGAUCGACCCAGUAAAAGAUCAGAUGCUGACAGUAGAUGAAGCUGUGCGCAAAAGCCUGGUAGGCCCUGAAAUCCAUGACAAACUUUUGUCUGCGGAGAGGGCAGUGACAGGAUACAAGGAUCCCUACAGUGGGAAAGUGAUCUCCUUGCACCAGGCCAUGAAGAAAGACUUGGUGUCCGAGGACUAUGCCCUAAAACUCAUGGAGGCUCAGGUUGCAACUGGCGGCAUCAUGGAUCCAGAGUACAACUUCCACCUGCCAACCGAGGUGGCCACUCAACGUGGCUACAUCAACAAAGAAACUCUUGAUAGACUCUCCAAUCCAAAUACAGAUGUGACUGAAUUUUUGGACCCAACCACAGAUGAGAAAGUGUCGUAUGCCCAGCUACUUAAACGCUGCAAAGUGGACAAAGACAGUGGCCUGUACUUGCUGUCCCUUGCCGACAAAGGACUUCUUUUCAGGGGUCUCAGGAAACAGAUCACCCUGGAAGAGCUGCUACGCUCUGAAAUCAUUGACCAAAAGACAUACGACGAUGUCAGCCAGGGCAUCAUCUCAGUUGAGGAUAUUAGCAAAACCAUCCAGAAGUACCUUAUCGGCACAAGCUGUAUUGCAGGGGUGUAUGUAGAAUCAAACAAAGACCGCCUCUCUAUCUACCAGGCGAUGAAAAAGAACAUGAUCAGGCCAGGCACUGCCUUUGAACUUCUUGAGGCACAGGCAGCAACUGGAUACAUCCUUGACCCCAUCAAGAACCUAAGACUGAGUGUAGCGGAGGCUGUCAAAAUGGGAGUCGUGGGCCCAGAAUUCAAAGACAAGCUGCUCUCUGCAGAAAGAGCUGUGACAGGCUACAAAGACCCCUACUCCGGCAAGGUCAUUUCUCUGUUCCAAGCCAUGAAGAAGGGGCUCAUCCUGAAAGACCAUGGCAUCCGCCUCCUAGAGGCCCAAAUUGCCACAGGUGGCAUCAUUGACCCUGAGGAGAGUCAUCGCUUGCCUGUGGAGAUGGCCUACAAACGCGGCCUGUUUGACGAGGAGAUGAACGAGAUCCUCACCGACCCCUCUGACGACACCAAAGGCUUCUUCGACCCCAACACUGAGGAAAAUCUGACAUACCUUGGGCUGAUGGAACGUUGCAUGACUGAUCCCGAGACCGGACUUGUCCUGCUGCCACUGAAAGAGAAGAAACGUGAGAGAAAGACCUCCUCCAAGUCCUCUGUCCGCAAACGCAGAGUGGUGAUCGUCGACCCCGAGACCGGCAAGGAGAUGUCUGUGUACGAGGCCUACCGCAAAGGGCUUAUCGAUCACCAGACCUACCUGGAGCUCGCAGAACAGGAAUGCGAGUGGGAAGAAAUCACCAUCUCCUCCUCUGACGGCGUUGUGAAGUCCAUGAUCAUUGACCGUAGGUCAGGCCGCCAGUAUGACAUUGACGACGCCAUUUCCAAAGGACUCAUAGACAAGUCUGCCUUAGAGCAGUACAGAGCUGGCACUCUGUCCAUCACAGAGUUUGCCGACAUGCUCUCAGGAAACAUGAGCGGCUUCCGGUCACGGUCGUCAUCCUUUGGCUCCACCUCCUCCUACUCAAGCUCCACCCCCUCGAUCAAAACCCCCGCCACCACGUGGAACGAUCCGACAGAGGAGACCGGCCCCGUGGCUGGAAUCCUAGACACAGACACCUUGGAAAAAGUGUCCAUCACAGAAGCCAUGCGCCGGAACCUGGUGGAUAACAUCGGCGGCCAAAGACUCCUGGAAGCCCAGGCUUGCACUGGCGGCAUCAUCGACCCCAACACCGGCGAAAGGUUCUCCGUGACUGACGCAAUGGAGAAAGGCCUCGUAGACAAGAUCAUGGUGGACCGUAUUAACUUGGCCCAGAAGGCCUUCAACGGAUUCGAGGACCCCAGAACCAAAACGAGAAUGUCCGCCGCUCAAGCCUUAAAGAAGGGCUGGCUCUACUACGAAGCCGGCCAACGCUUCCUGGAGGUCCAGUACCUCACGGGGGGACUGAUCGAGCCGGAAGUCCAGGGCCGAGUGUCCAUCGACGACGCCGUCCUCAAGGGGACGCUGGAUCAGAGGACCGCGCAGAAGCUCCGGGACGUCAGUGCCUACACCAAAUACCUCACCUGCCCCAAGACCAAGCUAAAGAUCUCCUACAAGGACGCCAUGGACAGAAGCAUGGUGGAGGAAGGCACGGGCCUGCGUUUGCUGGAGGCCUCCUCCCAGUCCAGCAAGGGCCUGUAUAGCCCUUACAGCAUCAGCGGCGCCGGCUCGGCCUCUGGCUCCCGAUCGGGCUCGAGAACCGGCUCCAGGUCCGGCUCCAGGCGGGGCAGCUUCGACGCCACGGGCUCCCCGUUCUCUAGUUCUCUAGGCUUCUCCUCCACAUCCUACACCUCCCCGGGGCCCUACUCCUCCCCAAGCUUCGGCCGCCGAUACUAGUGGCUUAGUUCUUAAGUAAGAGGGGAAAGAGAAAGAAAGAAAGAAAAGUCGUUCAUUCAUUCUGCUCUGCAUGUGGUUGCUAUGGGCCUUUAUAGGUGCUUAAAUCUGUAUUAUUCGCAAAAACUUAACAAAAUACGUAUAUAUAUUUUCAAGAUUCUCUUUUUUUUCCUGAGUUAAUUUAAACUCGUUCUAUUUUUUUUUUCUCUCGUCUCAUCCAAAAUGCUUUAUUCAGAUUAUAAAUACUCCUCAUUUUUACUGUACAUUUUUUAUUUGUAGAAAGGACUUACGACCGUGCAAGAAAUUAAAAUGUAAAUGUUGUUUCUAUUAUUGUACACCGUACAAGUUAGGUCAGAGUUAUUUUUUAGAAAAGUUAACAUUUCGUUAACCUUUUCAGCGUAUGAUUAUUUUGUAAUGAGGAAAGCUCAAGCCUACUGUCUGCAGAGCAGAAUUAAAUAAUAAAUAACCCAAAUCGCUACGUAACACUGCCCAGAGAUAGGUUCAAGGAACAACAAGCUUUAACAUCCUCUGCCAAUCAAUCAAGUCGUUGCUGCCACAAGCUACACCACUCUCGGAUGCCCCAACAAACCCCGCUCUCCAAAAUUGUGCUAAAGCCAUCCAAGAUGUCCAAAAGUGGACUGGGCAUGACUGUUACAAAUACUACACAGCUAGAGUCAACAGCUUGAACCCCUGGAUACUGCUGCAAGUAAAAAGCCCUUCAAAGAGUUAUUGAAGACAAAGAAAUCAGGAAUGGAAAAAAUACGACGAAUCAGGAAACGAAAAAGAGGACAUAUCAGGAAUGUAUAAAGAGGACAUAUCAGGAAUGGAAAGCCAGAUGAUUACUACAAUACAACAACAUAGCUACCAUCUCCACCACCCCCAAAUCACAACUCCAAGGAAGACCUCCAAAUCGAAUCAUCUGCUGCUGGCAUGCCUGCAUUUUCUUUUGUGCCAAAAGGGCUUCAUGACCAUUCUCAUGAUCUCUGAUGUCAUCAUUGAUGUACCACCUGAUCUCUGAUGUCAUCACUGAUGUACCACCUGAUCUCUGUGGCAUCAUGAAUGAGUCUGUGGUGUCAUGUCCCCCGCUCCAGCUCCAGCUCCAGCUCCUGCUCCAUUCUUGUUUUGAAGGCUUCCUUACUGAAGAAACAACACUCAAUGUCUCUCCACGAAAGCAUUUACAUUUCUUAAAACAUUUAAACCCUUGUUCCAGCACUGGGAUGAUGAAUUAAUACAGUGUAUUAUAGUAUUGUCUUAUUGUCAGCCGUUUACAUUGCAGCCGCCCGCAACAGGCACUGGCUUUCUCCAUCUUGUUUCAUAUGCAACAAAAUAAAGAGCACUUUCAGCCAUAGAUUUAAAAAAGUAAAAUAAGAACACUAAGAUUCUAUAUAUAUAAAUAUAUUUACCUGCAUUUAGAAAUACAUGUUCAUAUAUACGUAAAUUUAGUUUUUUUUCCAAUUAAUUUCAUGUCUCAUUUGCACUUUCCUGUGGCACUUCUUGAGUAGCUAUAGCACAUGAUAAAAGAUUACUUGAUCAAAGAAAAAGAAUGUUCCUGGUCUUGACUGCACAAGAGAGUUCUGUUGGAGUAGCCGUGGCGACUUCCUUUGUAUGUGGUAGUAAAAUAGAACACUUAUGUCCCGUUCAUGUGCUCUGGGAAGUAGACAUUAUCCGGUAACACUUUACUUGACGCCGGUGUCAUAGGCAUGUCAUUACAGUGUCGUAAUAGUGUCAUAAGACAGUCAUAGAUAAGUCAUAAACAUUAUGUCCAACUUUGCCAUAACCGAAUGUCACUUAAGGGCAACAGUCAUAAAAUCUUUAUGACAUGGACAUAAUGUUUAUGACACGUGCAUAACUGUGCCAUGACACUGUUAUGACACUGUAAUGACAUGCCUAUGACACCGGCGUCAAGUAAAGUGUUACCCAUUAUCCAGUCUCUGCAACUCGCAUACAUUUUAUACGAGUUGCCGAGUGGAAAAUACCACAUGAGGGGACAUUCAUGUGUGCUUCCCAUGUUGGUGUUUGGUAUUUACCAUACCAAUUCCCAGAGCGCAUGAAUGGACCAUUAAAGCUACGACACUUGAACCGAUGUCUGUUCAGCCCUACUACCACCACCAUCGCUGUGUCUUCCCAGUACCUGUUACUUCCUUCCCUCCCUCCGACUCCUUCCGAGAAUUUCAGUUUUGAUUUCAAUUAUUAUCUAUUUUCUUAUUAUAUAUUCUAUUUUUGGCUUUGCAUGUUUUAAUAACAUAAUUUCAAGAGAUGCAAUAAAAGCUGCUGUACCUGACUUUUUUAAGUACGCGCUACGUAAAAGCUUACACGUCUGUUUUUGGGGGGAGGGAGCCAACCGAGGAGGCAUCAUGGGUCGAACUGUAUUUCAAAGAGGUGAUGUCCUAAUGUAAAUAAACUAAUGGUAUAUACUGUAUAUUA